AUGGCGACUACCCCGAGUGCGAAGGCGCUCAACUUGGCGCGUUCAGCCGAGGCGUUGUGUGUGCCGUUGGGGGAGGCUUCUUGCUGCCGUUCAAUUGUCAAGCAGGACAUGCAGCAGCUGGAUGACUGUGUGGAGUUCCUCGUGCUGGGCCAGAAGGUGAAAGGCGAUGCAGCAUUCUCUUCAGGGCCCCCCCGGCUAAAAUAUGAAUCCCCUGGGAAGCUCGCAACCAUAGGGGAAACGCGCGGCGAUGCCAACCAGGAAGCAGAUGGUAUAUUUACACAGCCGUCUACGAGCGGAUCUGCUCCUACAUGUGCCGCUGCACCUGGGCGCUGUACUGUCACGUCGAGGCAGGGCGUAAGCUUCGAUUGGUUAGUUGCACUGGGGUGUCUGAACUGUGGGGCCCCAAUAGAGCUGCGCCGCGAUCUGGUAACAGCAGCAGAGGAAGCAGUAGCAGCUGCCGCUGCAUGCGCGAAAGGCGGUGGUGCUGCUGCUCUUGCUCUAGCGGCUGAGAAGGCAGUGCUGCGGUGUCGUCGCUGUGGGCAUGAUAUCGCUCCUCUUCAUUCUUCUGACGAAUCGGAAUCUCUUAUAGAAAGAAUGGAGGCGCGUACCUAUGCUAAACCAGGCCUCGCCUCUGGAGGGGUAUACAUGUACGGCAGCCGCAGCUGCUACAACUUCGGCUCCGUGAGCAAGAAGGGGUGGCAACAGCGGUUUUUGGGGGCUGAGUUCGAGCAGCAGCAGCUGCAGCAUCACCUCAAAAUCAUGCUUUCUGCAGGAGACGGAGGCAACAAAAGCACCUGCAAGGAGAUCUGCGAGCGUUGCGGACACACAGAGGCUUUCUUCUCAACUUUCCAGGCAAGAAGUGCUGAUGAGGACUUGUAUAUUUCCUCCAUAUAUGACAUCUAUGCUGAUGUGUUUGGGGAGAAGGUUGUUGCGUUUUCUUGGAUCGGGAACAGUGGAUUUGUUGCAAUGGGAGCAAAAUCAGUAGCGGAAAGCACUGCUCAACUAUUCAAAGAAAACACUAAAUCGCUGCACGGAAAACUCCUUUCUCGGGCCAACAUGAACCCAACAAAACAGACAACAGCAACACCAGUUGUUGCCUCCGCAACAUCUGAAGUACUGAAACCUCGUUCUGACGCACGCUUGGCCGUACACUCUUGUGAAACUCAUGAAGGGGUCAUCGUAGAAGAUGCGGGGGGAGACGUGCUCCAGGGGAAAAAUGAGAAAACGCGUCUCAAACGAAAAGACAAUCACAUGGCCUCCCUGCCCCCGGUUGCCAAGCGCAGCGGCCAAAAAGUUCAACGAAGCAUCGACUCCUUCAACUUGUGCAGCAAAAAGCCACCAACUUCAUUUUCGCCUUCUCCCGCCUCAGCAGUAAUACGUAGCUCUGUGCUGCAGUGCGGCCCUUUAGGACCCCUUGACCCAAUUCCCGUCUCUUUUCUUACUUGGAAUGUCAACGGGCUGCUGCCUCGAGUUCGAGCAUCCCAGUGGAUGCAGUUUGCCGAUUACGUGAAGGAAAUAAAGCCAGACGUUAUCUGCAUGCAAGAGAUCCGACUGCCCGCGAUGGGCCCUGCAGGAUGUCGAAAGAAUGAUGGACAGCCACGAGAACGUGGGGCAGUUCGUGCUGAAGCUGCAGGAGCAGCAUCAGCAGCAGAAAAGAGAGAAGUGGAGACAAUUGCUUCUUCUUUGCGUGCUGCUUUGAAUGCCCUGCCGGACUACAACGUCUUAAUGUCUCUAGCGGACUGGAAAUACAGCGGACAGUUUUUGCUGCUGAGGAAACACCUGCGGGUGGAGUCUAUUCGUUACAAUCUUAACGAGAAGGACCCAAGUAUUCAUCACACAGAGGGUCGGGUCAUAGUGGCUGAUUUUGGUUGUUUUGCUUUUCUCACAACAUACUCGCCAAACAAUGGAUGGGCAGAAGGCAGUUUCCAAAGACGGAGGAACUGGGACGAGGCGCUUCUCAAGUUUAUGCAACAAAAGAAGAAGCCGCUUAUCUGGAUGGGGGAUGUGAAUUGCGCACCCACAGACGCAGAUUUGUCGCACCCGAAAAUAUUUAGAAGUGCACAUCAGCCUGACCCCAACCUCAAGCCAGUACGAAGGGACACCUAA